AAAAACAUGCCGAACUUGUCUUGGAAAUUUAAAUGCCGAAUCUAUAUCUUUAUACGAUGAUGUGUUCAUCCAAGAUCAAAAAAUAAUUUCAAUGAAGGAUGUUCUAAAUUUGAAUUGCUGUAUAGAGAUUGUACCUGAAGAUGGUUUACCAAAGCAUAUUUGUAUGGAUUGUAUGCAAAAACUUAAAGAAAUAUAUUUGUUUUACAUUCAGUGCCAAAGUUCCGAGGAAUUAUUAAGAAAAUAUAAAAUUGAUAAUAAUAUUUCGGCCCAUCAACUGCAUUUGGAUGGAAUAAAAAUAAAAAAUAAUGCAGCCGUAGAAGUAAUUAUAGAUGAAAUUACAUUAGAUGAUAAUGCAUCAUUAUUAAUCCUUGGAGAAAGUACAAAAUCACAAUUUAAGGAGAAUGAUGUUAAAAAUGAUAAUGAUAAUAUUGCAUCACAUGUACAGACUUGUGAAAAUCAUGUUGAAAAAAAACAAAAGACCUAUCAUUGUGCUGAUUGUGAAAUUUCUUUUCAUUGGAGAAUUAAAUACAAUGAACAUAUUAGAAAAUUCCACAAGUUCACUUUGAAUGUGAAGAGACCUAAACAAUAUACUUGCAGUAUAUGCAAUAAAUCCUUUGGUGUUUUAUCAGAUCUUGAAAAACAUAACAGAAAAUGUACUUCCAAAUCCUCAGAAAAUACAACUUUAAACAAUGAUAUUUUGGUCUCAGAAGAUAAAGUGGAAUUUUCGAGAGAACAUAUUUGUCCAAGUUGUAGAAAUUGUUUUGAAACUUUAUCAGAAUUAAGAUCUCAUAUGAAACUGCAUGUUAAAGACAUGAAAUAUGGGUGCUCUUCGUGCAAUAAGUCAUUUUGUAAUGAAUCUAAUUUGGAUAGACAUGUUAGGAAACAGCAUUUACAAACACACAUUUGUAAUGUUUGUAAUAAAACUUUUCUCAAUCAGAGAAAACUCAGACUGCAUGCAACAUGUCAUACAGCAGAAUCAGAUAAAAAAUAUAAAUGCAGGUAUUGCAUUAAAAAAUUUAAUCAAGUUCAUCAUUUAGAAAAUCAUGAAAGAAUUCAUACUGGGCAAAAGCCUUACUUGUGCAAUGAAUGUGGAAAAGGAUUUAGACAACAAUAUGCCCUAACGUUACAUAUGCGUAUUCAUACUGGGGAUAAGCCUUACAUUUGUCAAGAAUGUGGAAAAACAUUUAAUCGUAAACAAGGUCUGGAUUCACAUUUGCUUUGUCAUAGUGGAAAAAGAGAUGAUAAAGUUGCUAGUGAUGGUAAACCUCAUAUUUGCACAGAAUGUGGAAUAAGGGUAACAAGACUGCAUAUAUUAAUAAAACAUAUGUGGGAAGUUCAUAAAAAAUGUGAUGAUCCAAUUCUUUUAGAACAAGCUAAGCAACAAGCAAAAUUAAGAAAAGAUGACAAAGUAAUCAAAGGAGUUACAUAUGCUUGCAAUGUAUGUGAUACAAAAUUUCAAUCAAAUCUUAAAUUGAAACAACAUAUGAAAGUCCAUGCUUUUCAAUAUAUAUGCAGUGUUUGUUCAAGAGCAUUCAUGUUAAGAAGUCAACUGGAGGCGCAUAGCAGAUUCCACACAGGUUCUGUACGGUUACAUCCUUGUUCGCAUCCUGGAUGUACGCGCAGCUUCAAUAGACCAGAACACGCACGGGCUCAUUAUAUGCGAGCGCACACCACGGAAAGACCGUAUCAGUGCGAGGUUUGCUUAAAAGGUUUCUGUCAGUCUGGUGAUCUAAAAGUGCAUAUGCGUUAUCACACAGGUGAGAGACCAUAUGAUUGUUCAUUUUGUGAUAAAUCUUUUGCUGCAAGCAGUGCACUUAAAGGUCACAUGCGAAGGCAUACUGGUGAACGCCCAUAUUGCUGUGCAAUUUGUCAAAAUGGAUAUUAUACUUCAACAGAACUAAACCUGCAUAUGAAGAGCCACACUUCGAAGUCCAUAGAGAUUGCUACAGAUGUAAUUGACAAUCAAGUUUUGGAUAUUGUUAAUAAAUAAAAUGAAACAUUUGGUUUAUAAAAAUAACUAAAUAUUUUUAUUAUUAAUUAUAUAAUUUCAUUUUCUUAUAUAUAUAUUUGUACUCCAAAUAUUAAAUAAAAACU